AUGGCCAACAACCCGACUCUCUUAUAUUCGUGGUGGUGCACCGUUUUCUCCGCUGUCAUCAUAGGCGUCCGACUGACUGGCCGCUACAUCCGCAAUGAACGGCUCUUCCGCGAGGACAAGAUCAUGGCGCUCAGCAUCAUCCCACUGUUUGCGCGUAUGGGUUUUGUGCACGUGGUCCUCAUCUGGGGCACCAACAAUGUCAAUGUUUCGACUUUGACGGACCCGCUCAUCAUCCGCCAUCGCGAGAUCGGCUCCCAGAUGGUCCUCGCCUCGAGAAUUUUCUAUGCGUUGUUCAUCUGGAUGGCCAAGUUCACCGUUUCCGAGUUCUUGAAGCGUUUGACAGAACGUUUCUGGAAGAAAGGGUACGACUGGGGACUGCGUGGCAUACGCAUCUUUCUUGUCGUUACUUUUUUCAUGGUCCUCAUUGCCACACUGGCAGAGUGCCACCCCACUUCCCACUACUGGCAAGUCAUACCGGAUCCAGGACCGCAAUGCCGACAGGGCUACGCGCAGCUGCUUACCAUGGGCAUCACCGACAUCGUCACCGAUAUAUUUCUCAUCGCCUUUCCGAUCCCGAUCAUCGUGCAUUCGAGCAUGCCAUUAAAACGGAAGAUUUCCCUCAUUGUGCUGUUCUCCUUGUCAGUCGUUUUGAUCGUUAUUACUGGGGCUCGCAUGCCUCUGGUCAUCCAACGACAAGGUCUGCAACAGUUUCGCACUGUCUUCGCUUCUUCGGAAAUCUUGGCUGCAACCAUCGUUUCGAACGCCAUCAUCCUGGGAUCGUUCCUUCGCGACCGAGGUGUUAAGAAAGCCAAGUUCAAAGCACCAUCAACUACCGACAGCAUGGAACGCAGAGGCUCAGCACGACGCUUCACGGACCAAACAUGCAGUAGCGACGAAGACCUCGCACGGUCGCUAGGUUAUCGGACAAAACCCGAACUACUCGAGAAGCAGACAAGCGUACCUAGACCAGCUCCGGUGGCGGAUCUUGACCUCUUGUCGUCUUCUAGACAACCUGGUCCUUUUGUCAACAACAACUGGAAAUUCCCCGACGAAGAGACUGGCAUGAUGCAGAGUAGUGAUCGGUCCAGCGUGACAGUCGAGGAUAUACGGGAUCCGAUGCCUAGUCCUCGUGCAAGGCGAGUGUCGUGGUUCGAUGUUGGAGGCCUUCUUGAGAACCAAACUGUAGCUCCCUCACCCACCGAUUCAGUCAUCGCGCACGACUUCGCAACCCAGCCACGGCGAGGGUCUAGAGCCUCGAACACGAUCAUACCAAAUGCGCGCGCAUUUUUGCCUCAAGUACGGCGCAACUCUCGACUUUCGCAACAGUCUGAGGACUAUGAGAUGUCGUCUGUCCGGCCCACCCACCAGUUGCAGGACCUCGGCGGCUUGCUCUCCGAAGAUCGCGAGCAAGAAGAAGCUCUGUCAACCCCCUCACCACACUCGGGCUCCUCGGCCGGUCCUCGCAACGAGCGAUAUGCGCCUAUACAACGCACGUCAACUCGCUCAACACAAGCAAGCUACGAUGCUCUGUCUCUACGAGAUCCUGGAGGCUUGCUUUCUUCCGCACCCCCUCCUACGUCUCAUCGACGCAACCCUACCCAACAUAGCCGCAAUGUGCCGUCCUUACAGGAUGCUGGCGGCCUUCUUGGUUGA